AUGAAAUUCAGCUCUAUUUUGUUAUUCACGGCUGUGGCAGUUGCCACCAGCCCAGUCAAGAAGGCCAAUACCAUCUCAGUUACUGGCUCGCCCCCAGGAUUCGCAUACGGAGUCACCGGAGGUGGAAACGCGAAACCAGUUUAUCCCACCGAUGUCAAGCAUCUGAUCCAGCUUCUGGGUUCUGAUGAACCUCAGGUCAUCAUUAUCGAUAAGACAUACGAUUUCAUCGGAACAGAAGGGACAACCAAGGGAACCAUUUGCAAGGCAUAUGGCUCCUUUGAAGAUGGUUGCCAGUCCACCAUCGAUAUCGGAAAAGGAUGCGACGGUAAACCGUCCGAGCCAUAUGAAUGGGAUACUGCCGGAACCACUGGAAUCAGUGUUCACUCAGACAAGACGAUCAUCGGAGUCGGAAACAAGGGCGUGCUGCUCGGAAAGGGACUGAGAAUAGUCCGUGCCUCCAACAUCAUUGUGCAGAAUAUCAUGAUUACCAACCUCAACCCCAAGCUUGUCUGGGGUGGCGAUGCGAUCACCCUUUCUAGCACUUCACGCGUCUGGAUUGACCAUGUUACGACUCAAUACACUGGCCGUGUUCACUAUGUCUUUGGCCACGAAGCGAACUCUCAUGUCACUAUCUCCAACAGCUUCAUGAACGGUGCGACCAAUUUCUCUACUUCGUGCGACGGACAAAAUUACUGGGGACUGGAACUUGUCGGAGCCGACGAUCAAAUCACCUUUGCAAACAACUACGUAUACAGAACAUCGGGCCGCAGCCCUGCACUGAGCGGCAAGACACUCUUCCAUGCCGUCAAUAGCGUCUGGGAGAACAACAGCGGACACGCUAUUGAGGGCACAGAUGAUGGCCAAGGUCUCUUCGAAGGUUGUGUCUUCAACAAUGUCACCCAGAUCGUCGGGGAUUACGUCGGUCAACUGUUUAGCUCGCCAAAUGCCGCUGCAAACAAAGCAUGCGCUAGUGCCCUUAAGAGGGACUGCGUGACGAAUAUUCAGACUGACAGUGGCGCUCCGUUUACCAAUGCCGAUACUAAGUUCUUCGCUAAUUUCGCCGGCCUCAAUGUUGCAACUGCAAGUGCGGCUUCGAAGGCCCUGGCAAGCGUCCCGACCAAUGCUGGAAACACGCUUAACAAUGCCUAA